AUGUAUUUGAACUAUCAAAUGCAAUACUUAGACAUGUUAAGAUUCUUGUAUAUCAAGGCCAUAAUGCACUUUAACUAAUACGAAUCUAAAAAGGCAUCUUGCUCUACAAAGAGUGAAACAAUUCAAUCUAAUUGUGAUAAUACAGUCAUCACACAUUAAGUUAAUAAGGCUACUUAUAAAAAUUAUUGUGCUUUGGACAGAACUAAGUAAGGUAUGUAGGGAUCAAGAUUGUGA